AUGUUCAGACUAGUGGUUGUCCUUCUUGUGGUGGUCAGCUGUUUAUCGCACAAAAAGCAUGCCCUUCACAAGCAGCAUUUGAAAGUUGACCAUUCAGCGAAGAAGUUCAAUAUCUUGACACACCCCAGUAGUGAGGUAUUUAAUUAAUCCACUAAGAGAGAAUGAGUGAAGAGAGCGAAUCCCCCGUACAUGGCCCUCCUCUUAUGAUACUUGCUAUGAAAAAUUUUUUCAAUCUAAUUUUGAUUUUGUGUCAUACCAGUUUCUGGUCAUACCUCAAAGCUAUUAUACACCUUAUUGGUCGGCGAGAAUGACGUCCUGUAAUCUUAAACCUGGCGGAUUUCUCAUUCCACAGCCGAUCACACAGCAAUCAAUAAGCACGACAUGCGAAUGUGGUAUCAGUUUCAUGAAAGUCAAAGGAUUUCGACAAUUCUUGAAUAAUAAGCGGAACUCGAUGGUGAUUUACAUAUCUUGCCAAGUUCCUGUAUGGCGGUUUCUCAGGCCUUCUCGGUCAAUUCACUUUGGUGACGUAUCCGAGGCGUGGAAUAAUGGGGCCUUGGGACUAGGAAAUAGUAUACCCACAACGUAAACUUUAACGGCUGUCAAACGUCAAAUGUUUGGUGGAAAAACAUGUUCGCGUGAAGCAGACCGCGUGGUCAUGGGAACAGCAGACGAAAAUUAUUCGCGCCCCUUCGGCGCUAACCAAAAAUAGAUUUCAAAUAAUCCGCAUGGGGCACAGAGAUUCGCUCCCUUCCUUCAUUUUCCCUUAGUUAUAUGAAAGGCUUUAGAUCGAGUGAAAGAUAGAGUCAAGGUAAUCUCCAACGGCACGUUUUUUUUUCCGCCUUACACAACAAACCGCACUUUUGAAAACCAGUAAUGCCCAAUCUGCGUCGCGCGGGACGACAAUCCUAUUUUUGUCCGAAUAAUUUUAUAUAUAGGAGUACUUCUCUUAUAAUACACAACUUGUGGAGAACAGGACAAAAAAACCCUUCCAAUGGGACAAGGGACAAGAGAUCCAAAAUAGCAAAUGAAUUUGACAAGCCAAUUCAAAAAAAGCGGUCUUAACUCGUGGAUUAACUCUUCUUUUUGAUCAAGGGGAAGUCCAGGAAGAAAAAGCUAGAAAAUAUAUGCAUAUUUGUUCUAGAAAGGAAGGCAAGGAUAGCUGUUAGUUGUCAAGCCACAACUAAUGGUUGUUUGAUUAUGGUAGAUGAUCAUUCUCGUCCCCAGAGCCACUCGGCUUAAUUUGUCACCGACCAGUGGUUUCCCUACCACGUGACCAAGAAACGACGGGCUCUGGGGACGAGAAUGGAUAGAUGAUAGGCCUAAAGCGGUCAGCGGUUUAAAGGUCAAAUGAACCAAAAUUUCGACCUUUUUUAUUUUAGUUCAAUUCUAGUGAAAUGUGUUUAAUAUGAACCAAAUAAACAUACUAUGAAGUCUCAGCUCAAUUGAAGCAAGUAUCUCCGAGAUAUUCGCAAUUGAAAAUUGCUGUUUUUUGGCCCUUAUUUUCGUAGAGCGGUCGGAAAAAUUGUCGGAAUAAACAGCUUGUGACGUCAAUGUUGGUCAAGUGAAAAAAAGCGGGAAAUUCAAAACAGAGUUUUUGGAGUCGACUUGGCGCAGAAGUGGUUUGUUCGGCCAUUAACCUGGAAAGAACAGGCAAUUUGUCUCCAAAAGUUGCAAGCUGUGGUUAUAACCUUCUUAUUACUCAAUUUUCUCGAAGAAUACAUCAUAGUAAAACGUCCUUUAACGACAUUUACUAAUUUCCUUGAGUUGUACUGGAAAUGUGCGUGUGUAAGUCCGAUUUUUUUCAAGAUGCAUUCACAAAAUGUGUUCAUAUAAGGAAGUUCUUGGAUAUAUAAGGUCCGGAGCUCCACCGUGGACACAAAAACAAAAUAUCUUUGUAUAAUAAUCUGCCCAAAGAAAUUCAAGUUUGCCCACAAUGUGUUUGAAGUCACUGAACUUUGUCGCACUCGAGCUGAUAUUUUAAAACCCACGCUCGACUGGACACUUCUAGUUUCGCAGAUCACUAAAAUAUAAACAAAAACAAAAUUGUUUUGGCGUUGAUAUGUGGGCAGAAAAAGAGUUAAUCAUUAUCUAGUAAAUCUUCCCCAAGAUCGUUUUCAAAGCAACCAUAGUUUUCUAAACUUGAUCCUUUCGCGCAGAUUAAUUUUGCUUUGUGUUGUCAAGUUGAACAUGCAUAACACUUGUUAAAAACCUACGCGUAAGUAAGAUUUCCUUCAAACAAAGUUAAAGUUACAUUAUUGCAAAAACUUAUUUCCAAUUAUGUAUAAGAUUUAAUUACCGAUUGAGGUCACUUUAAGGACCAUAGACGCCACUUUAAGCUGGCAAAGAGAUGCGACAAGCAAAGAACAAUUCCAUCAUGCAUAAAAUUCAGCUUAAGUGAACUAAAAAAAGCCUCAAUAAGGUUGCAAAACAACAAAUUUUCAUUAAAAAAACACAAGGCUUGGACUCCUAUACCUGCUGACAAAGAAGAAGUGAAUUUUCUGUACGGAAAUAACCUACCUAAAGAUCUUUUAAGAAAGCAAAAGAUCAGUUGCAAGCUUCGCAGCCAAGUCAUGAUUCCGACUACUUAGCUAGAUUAGCUACUUUUUUUAGUAAUAACUGGUCCAUGCGAGGGUCCUCACUCAAGCAAAUUAAACUCAGCAAACUGAAUCAUCAGAAAAUGCAGAAAACUGAACAUAAGGAUUUGUUUUACUCGCUUCAGUCAAAUCCAGCUCCAGCAAUCGUUUACGGGCAAAGAGUCGAUUGUUUUGGAGUCACUGCCGGCAGUUGUCGUUCUCCGCUACUUCACAGCAAGUGAAAGGAAAAUUUGCGUACAGAAAGAUAACAAAACUAUGCAAUUAAAACUGAAAAAACUAAAGGAAAAAACUCUGACUAUUAUUACUUGAGCAACAGAAAAAUGAUCGAAGUAGUCUUUUCUUCUCGAGUAAGCUUGCUGGCCUUCUAAAGUUCCGAGGAAGUUUUAAACGCUCAACUUUGUUCACUCGCGAGCGUUAGCGUUACGGUUUUUUGACAUAAGACUAGGAUAAAGCUGGUUCUCCAAAGGUAAAUAAAUCUGGGCAUGUAAAAAAACUAACCGUAACUACUAAUAACGGGAUACAAGCGGGUUUUAAUUCAGUCAAGCGAAAGAAGGCGAAGAACUGGACACAAAAUCAAUUCACAAAUCGAAUGCACAAUUAUCAGAAAAAUACAAACCUCUUUUGAAUGUUCAAAACGUUUUAUUCCUCCUCAGACUGACGGAAUGAUCUGUUUUUACUCUAACAUUGGUUGUUCUGAAUCCAAAGUAAUUUUCAAGUGACGAAAAACAACAACAACAAAAACCAAAAAAAAAACCUUUACAAGGAGCAAACGUUCGCACCUCGCGUAUUUCAUUCAGUCUCAGUCAGAACUCUCACAGAACGAGAAAAAACCCUGAGAAAAACGAACGCAGGCAAUAAGGGAUGCGCAGAAGCUUGCGCAGAACGUUUUUCCGUCCUGAAAGACCAACAUUGAUGUCACGUAGUCUCCAGUCUAUCACGCGGCCAUUUCGGAAACGUUUUCGUGAAGUCUUCGGAAAUGCUCGGAGUUUGAUCUUUUAUCUUUCUGUAAAGGCCUGGAAAGAAAAAUCUUUACCCAAAUCUCACUUAGGAUGGUUCUUUUUAGUGUUUGAUGAAGGUAAAGCGGCAAAGAAAAUAUUUCAAUUUUUUGGUUCAUUUGACCUUUGAGCUAAAAGCGGUAGUAUCAGUUUGCGAAAAGUCGAAGAGUUAAGCUGCUAACUAGAUUUCAUUGGUGGCUUAUGAUCCAUUUGGAGGAACAAGCUUUCCAUUUGAUGGAGUCGCUAGAAGCCACAUGCCGCUCGCGGUUUUGAAGCUCGAUCGAGCGUGCUCUUUCGACUCGCUUCACUCGCCGUAAAUGGAGAACUUGCACGCGGGCUAAUUAUGUCUCCUUGGUUUUUGGUAAGUGCUGAGAGCUUGAAAGUUUGUCUGUUCUAUUUAGGAUAGUAUGAUGGUGGUGAUGAAAGGUCAAGACGGAGUAGCCGGACAAAAUGGUUCACGGGUAUGUUAUUUUUACAUGGCAGUAUAAGUGGUAUAAGUGCCGUGAUUCAAGACGUCUUUUUUGUGUCUUACAAAGUUGUGGUUUGCAGCCGCAAAGAUCGAGUCGCCGGGUUAUUUUACCAUUUUUCUUUUCAUUUUAUGCAAAAACAAGUGAAUCUACUCGGGCCAUAUAGUCUUGCACGUUUGUAAACAAACAAUACGUUUUACUAAGUGUUUGCUCUCAGUUACCAGCGAGCCGUAAGUAUCUUCUUUGACAACUGUUUUAUCUGAGAAGACGCACAAAACCUGCUGAUGUAAUUUCCGGGCAGGCAGUGUUGCCAGCCAAGGAAAUUUGUCGGAAAACUGGCAUUUUCGCUAGUAAUCGUGCUGUGUCAGGGUUGUAUUUUUCCUAAUGCAGAGUGAUGUUGUUUACUUAGGGUGAUCCUGGAGCGCCUGGUUACCCUGGGCCACCUGGACCAGCGGUAAGAAUUGUAUUGGUUUCCUAAAAGCACUGUAAUGAAACUCCAGCGAGUCUCUGUAAAUUUCAGUAAGUAAACCAGAAUGGUAGCAUUUUGGGAAAACUUUGCCAAAUGGUCUAUUCAUGGAUCAUGUAAAUAAAAUGGCUUGUUGGCUAUAGCAAAUGGUAAGAUUCCAAUGAAUACAGUAAGCAAACAAAUAUAUAGACUGAGAAGAAUAAUUGUUAACUAUUUACCACAUUUAGUGUAUAUGGCAGCAUCAGAUAAUUUAUUUCCGAGUGAAUAACAUCUAUUUUGAAGUCUAGUGUAAUCGUCAAAUUAUUUUUCCCUUCGAAAUUUAAUCUCCAUUGGCAUCAUCAAGUUAACUUACCAAACAUAUUCUUUAAAUAUUGCACAGGGUCUUCAAGGAGCUCCAGGGUUUUGCACCAAAGAACAGGUGAAAAGAUUUUACCAUGGUUUCCCGGAAAUAGUUGUAACAACUACUAUGAUGUGUUUUUUGCAUGGUUGCAAACCGAUUCUAGUUUGCACUCAAGGCGAGUCGAGGCUCUAGUGAGGGUAUAUACAAAUUUUCUAGUGAUAUUCACGUUGAGUUGGAAUUAUAACACUUUCAUUUUUGUUCAACUACAUGUACUCAAAAUGCAAGUCAAACAAUUUGCCGAGAUGUUCAGUGUCAUUCUAUGACAAACAUAUUGCCCCAACGUGCCCCAGCUCCGGCAAUUAAUCAGCAAUAACUACGGUAACUCUUGAAGCAUUAUGAUCCCCUAGUUAUCACAGACAUUUUCUUUUUCACACUGGUCAUAAGUGAGUUUAGCACCUUCGCUAAAAUUAAGAAUUCUUGGGAACAAAAGCUUUUGACGGUUUACUCUUUUUACCUUAAUUACGGUCAACAUUUUUCAGUGGUUUCACAUACAGCCGCGGUCAAAAUGAUCACAUUUUUGAGUAUUACAUAUAAAGUUUCAUUUUUGAUUUUUUUUACAGUGUGAAUCAAACGAACUUAAACUCCUGAUCCAACGUGUAAUUGCCAUUGAAACGUACGUUAAGGAAAAACAGAAACAAGCUGGUUCCCAGACUCCUGGACAAACAGCUCCAUCCCAAGGGACAACUACAGCAGCUCAGCAGCCACCCAAAGCUGUCGCACCAGCAGUGCCGGUCACUGGACAAGCCAAACCCGCCCAAGUGUCUAAAGCACCAGUACAACAACCACCUAAACCUGUUCCGCCGGUUGUUCCAGUUCCUGGACAAGGUCAAACUGCACCAGCAGGGCAACCUCAGGGUCCUCAGGUAACACCACCGCAGCCCCCUAAGGCAACUGCGUCGGUCGUCCCUGCUCCUGGCCAAGGUCAACCCGCUAUCCCCGUUUCGCCACAGGGGUUUAAGAAGCCUUUACCCCAGCCCUCUACGCCCGUUACACAGCCUGCCCCUUCGCCAGUUUCUGCUCCGGUUCAAGGUCAGCCCGCGCCCGCACCUGCUGUUCCCGUGGGAACGCCCCAGGUCCUUUGGGGAUCCGUAACAGAGUCACCUGCUCCCGCCAGUUUUUCCUCGCCUCUUGGUGUCACUGUUCAGAGCACACUAGAAGCGCCUGGAACAUUCGUUGAAGGGAAUGGACAAAUAAACAUUCAAGUGAGAAAACUAGGGCAGUGAAUAUUUUUACUCUUAAUGAAGACUGGGUAAAAGGAAUUUGUGAAAAUAUAAUUGAAUGUCGUUGAGAUGAAUUGUUGUUGUAGGUGAUAGUUAAUUUCACAGGGGAAUAUGAGAGAAAAAGAUCGCAACCAAGAAUGAGCUGUGGAAAUGUUCUGCAACAACGAUAAACAACGCUUCGCUCUCUGAAAACGAAGAAUACCGGUGAAGCUUUCUAAUGUUUUUAAAACAACAAAACCGAUAUGCACUCCAUACCGAACUACCAGAGUAGAAAAUAAGAACUUGGGAACAAUAAAAAAUGAUUUGAAAAAUGAACUGCAGUUUUGCAUUACAUAACAAGACACUUUUGAAUUGUCUCAUAAAUAUUUCUUGUAAAUGUAUUUUACUGUCUACAGCAAAAGCUUAUUUCAUUUGACUAUUCCGGUACUAACCUGAGAAAACAGACGACAUUCCGCGACGUCACCGCUGGUUUCCACACCAAAUGACGUCUGAAAAACAAGCGCAGAAAUCCAUCGAUAUCGAUGACACGGCACUACCCAGAUCUGUGUAGUGCGUCGGAUUGGCGGGAAAUUUUCUUUAACCAAUCAGAAGUACUACCCAGAUUUGGGUAUGAAAUUUCUGUGCCCGUUUAUCGGGCCAUGUCCACACGAACCUGGAGAUUUUUUUAACCGCAUAUCUUUUAUCCGGAUUCGUGUGAACGGGGCCUUAAACCGCUCUGGAAAGCGGUUUCAAAACAAUGCGGUUUCGUUGUCCGGGUUCACUGGUUUCGUGAAAACGGAAGGCCGAUUCGUGUAAAAAGGUGUGCUGUUUCAAAAAUGUCUCAGCGGAUUCAUGUGGAAUUAGCUUCAGGUAUGAAUUCGUGGUCAAACCAGUGGUGGUGUUGCAAAAUGUCGGCUGUUUUCUUAGGCUAUUCUAGUAAUUAGAAGUAACAAAAAUGUUCAUUAAAAAUGAUAGAGAAAUCAUGAACAAAAGUGCCUUGUUUAGGUUGAAGUUAUCCUUUCCAAACGUUUCGGGCGUGGCCCUUCAUCAGUGGAAUUACCAGUUCGUUGAAACUGCUGCCAACGAACGAACGAACGAACUGAAAAUUCCACUAAUGAAGGACCAGGGGCCCGUUUUUCGAAAGUCCCGUUAACUUUACGGGCCCGAAAUCAAAUAUUCAAAUCGAAAUAAAACGAAUAAGAGCGCGGGUCCUGGCUAGCAAACUACUGCAUUUUGUUUCGUUAACUGAUAGUUUUAUCAUGUUAGAUGCAAAACUAUUGAAACCUCGAUCUUUAAUGGAAACCGAGACAGCUUACCGAGCCCGUUAAUUAUCGGGACUUUCGAGAAACGGGCCCCAGGCCCGAAACGUCUAGAAAGGAUAACUUCAACCUAAACACGGCACUUUUGUUCAUGAUUUCUUUAUUAUUUUUAACGAACACUUUUGUUACUUCUAUUUUCUAAAGUGCUACGCAGCUUAACGGAAAUUCUUUCGUCAUUUGAUAUUCUAGUACUUACAGCAUGAAAAUCCAUAUUUAGUAGAUAAAUAAAGUUCUCCAUUUAUUUCUCGGCUCUUUGUUCUUGAAGGGAGUUGUGACCCCUGAAGUGUCGGUUCAAAGCUACACGGGAAAUACAGGAACCGGUCCGCAGCCUGGGACCACGCUCAAGAAAAACAGGUUAGUGGAUCAAAAUAGCUGUAAAUAUUUUUUCAGGCGCAAGGAUUAGGAUAGUCAGUAAGUGCACUGCCUUCUGUGCGAGAGGUCUCGAGUUCAAUUCCCAGGUGUGACCUAAAACCCUUGUUUCGACUUCUUUUGUUUCCGUGUAGCGAGUUGGGUAGAGAAAUACCAGAUAGUCCACCACAACAACAAUGUUGAUCUGAGCCCAUUGGCUAUUAGCCGACUACAUUGGAACCUCUAUUUAACCAAGUCCUGGGUGUGACGAACAGUUUUCUUUACCCCAGUAAUAGUAAAAUGUAUCAAGAACCAUAUUUUUAUGGCUCUUGAAUGUAUGAAAAAGAACCUCGAUAUAGCGAGCAAAUUUUGCCGAUCCCCUGGCCCUUCGUGAAAUCGAGGUUCUAUUGUAAAUGGUUUAUGUGUAUAACCUUUCUACUCUAACUUAUUUCCUUCUCAAAACAACAUCAUUCCCCCCCAAAAACACAACCAGAAUGCUCCCUCGAGGCAUUUUUACUACGUAUGUUAAUUCAAAGUUGUCUCUCUGGUUUGUUUUUCAUACAGAAUUCCAUCCCACGCUAAAGUAACCAAAAGUAAACAUGCGCACAAGAAGUCAAGUCAUCAUUCCACCAUCCGGACCCAUAGGGUUUAUAAGUCAUGAUGCAGCAGCUACCGAAC